AUGCAUGACUUUUGCUUGGUUAAUUUUUACAAUUGUGAUUCAAAAUCAUCACCAAGCGGACUUGAUUUACAAUUUCAACCAAUGCAUAUUGUAUCUAUUCUUGAAAUUAAAAAAAAUAUGAAAGAUAAAGAUAUUAGUCAACUUUUACAUUAUUUCCAAAUAGUACUUGAUUAUUCGCCAAAAUCUCGAACAUAUAUAAUUGGUGCUAUUACAGAUUUUCAUUAUAUACGAUAUGCAUCGAUAAAGCCUAUUACUAAUCCAGAUGAAUUUUUAUUCGAUUAUUUAGUAAAAUUCUUUACAGUUGAUUCAUCAAAAUUGGGAUUUGACACAUUGGUUCAAUUACCUAAAAAUAUUCAAAUUCACAACACUUUAUUAGGAGUUGGUGCGAAUUCGAUUGUAAUGAAUUGUUUUAUGGACAAAAAUGAACUUAAUCAAUAUACUCUUAAAAUAACUAAUAAACCUGUUGAUAGAGAAAUUUGUAUUUACAAAAAAUUAUACAACAAUAAAUACAAUAUCGUAAAAGUUCAUAAAUAUGCUUUAGUUUUCUUGCAUCUACCUGGAAAAAUUAUAUCAAGUGCAAAUUUAUUGAAUAAUCUUAUUACUAUAUGGGAUCAAUUAAAAAAUGCACAUAGAAAUAACAUUGUGCAUUGUGAUAUUCGAAAAUCGAAUAUCAUUGAAAUAUUUCAUAAUCAUCAAAGCAAGAGGUGUGUUAAACAAUAA